AUGGCAGGCCAUAUGGAAGCGGCAUAUCUAGUUGGACUACUUGGCAUGUCCGGAAUUGGUCAGUCAAAAGAGGAUGCAUUAGAAUUCUUGUGUUCUUUGAAUCAACGUAACAACAUUGAUAUGAAAGGAACCAGGGAUGCUUUGAGACGAAGAUUAAGAGGAAUUUUCUCUGUUGGAAGACAUAUCGUAGAUAUGUUUCACUAUGGGAAGAUUAAGUUCAAUCAGUGCAGCGCUUGUAACAACAAUGACUGGUGUUUUGUUAUUCCUGGCUGGCCUAGUGAAGAAAAGAUCAAUCCUGCCUUCUGGACUUGUUGCAAUCGAUGCAAAUGGCACCGUGAGAGUGUUUUUUGGUUCAAGGUGAGGCGUGUCUAUGUUGUGCCAGGGAAUUCAUACCCUUAUAAUUAG